GUCGAGUUCGCGGCCGACACGUUCAAACUGGACGUCCUGGAGAUGGGCCGGUCGGGCGCCCAGUCCGUCAGAACACAGGGGAACCUACCCUUCAUGUGCGAGGAGGUGGACGCCGCCGAUCCCAUCACAUUCACCACACGUGACUCGUUUCUGGAGCUCCCGCGCUGGGAGUCGGCCCGGGCCGGCACACUGGCCCUCAAAAUACGUACCAACGAACCCAACGGCGUACUGGUGUACAACUCGGGCGCCGACAACGGGGGCGGCCAGUCGUCCGACUUCGUGGCCUUCGAGCUGCUCGACGGACACAUCUAUCUGUUGAUGAACUUGGGCUCCGGGAGCGUGAAAGUGAAGGCCACGCAGCGUAGGGUCGACGACGGCCACUGGCACGCCGUGUCGCUGAGUAGGACGGGUCGCACCGGUAGGGUGGCUGUCGACGAGAGUUCCGUGGAUUUUAUAUCUCCCGGCGCCAGCAAUCAACUGGAUCUGGAGGGCCCGCUGUUUAUCGGUAGUGUCGGCACACAAUCGCCAGAAUCGCUGCAAAAGGAUAAGACUCUGCCGUCGGAGCUGUGGUCCGGGAGCUUGAAAUACGGGUUCGUGGGCUGUAUUAGGGAUCUGGUGGUGAACGGGGAUGUCGUCGAUAUCGCGGCGUUUGCAAAAAGGCAGGACUCCGGCAGUAUUAGGCCGGCCUGUCAUACGUCGGGCCCCCAGUGCGACGCCCAUCCCUGUAUGAACGCUGGCGCCUGUAUUGAGGGCUGGAAUCGGUUUACGUGCGACUGUUCCCAGACGUCGUUCACGGGUCCCGUCUGUGCCAAAGAGUCAACAUCCCUGCACUUCAACGGCCAUCAGUUCAUGACAAUAGCCCUCCCGGAGGAGAGUGUGACUCAGGCCGAGCUCAUACACGUCCGGUUCCGCACCUCCCACCCCAACGGCCUCAUUAUGACCACCACAUCGCACGACAAAUCCCAGAGCCAUCUGACUGUCGCGCUGGAGUCGAGUCGGGCUAAAGUGUCCCUCAAUCUGGGCGAAGGGGUUCGGGUGCUCCACAUCGGGCACAGCCUUAACGACGAUUUGUGGCACUCAUUGAGGAUUGAGAGGAGGGGCCCCUCCAUUGAGGUGCGGCUCGACAAACAGCAACAAAUGGCUGAACUUACGGGACAGUUGAUUACACUACAUAUCGGGGUCAUCCAUAUCGGUGCCCACGCAGUAGAUCCUAAGUCGCACCACCACUCGACCGGCCAUCACUACUCCUCGAAAGACGUGCCAAACUUCGUGGGACUGAUGCAGAGCUUCGUGUGGAACGGGAACGCCUACUUCGAGAUGGCCCGGGAUGGACAGAUAGCCAGCGUCAACGUGACGGCCAAAGUGGGCAAAAAGGAGCGGGUGGUCCACCAUCCCGUCACCUUCAAGUCGCGGCACACGUUCAUCGGCUUAUCCCAACUGAAGGCCUACUCCACAAUGAAUCUGUACUUUCAGUUCAAAACACUGGAAUCGGACGGCAUAUUGCUGUACAACGGCGGCAAGAAUCAGGACUUCCUGGCCGUGGAGCUGGAGGCCGGGCACGUGAACUACGUGUUCAACUUGGGCGACGGCGCCCGCAAAGUGCGCUCAAACACCCGGCAAACCCUCAACGACAACCGCUGGCACGCCAUCACCAUCGGCCGGCCGUCCCUACGCCAGCACACGCUUAUGGUGGACGACGCGUUGGCCACCGUGGCGUCCACCGGCGCCAACGUGCACCUGGAUCUCGAGGGUCUACUGUUUUUGGGCGGUGUGCGCACCGAUAUGUACGACGCGUUGCCUAAAAUGAUUCAAUCGAGGCAUGGCUUCGAGGGGUGUAUAGCGUCGCUCGACUUAAACGGGGAGACCAUCGACCCGUCCGGCGCCGACGCCCUCAUACCCAGCACUUUGGUGGCCAGUGGCUGCUCGGGACCGCUAUGCCUGCGAUUGCGAUAUGACCUCCUAUUCCGGGCCCACCUGUGCUGA